UCAACCCAAUUACAAAUAAAAUAUAUAAUUAAAAGUAAGCUUAAAUACACACUUAAUGGGACCUGUGCCAUUCACAUUACACUACUCUCUCUUCUUCUUCUUCUUCUUCGCCGGCGUGAUCCCCUCCGUCCGCUCGGAGAUCAAGACCACCCGCAUCGCCGCCGACGCGCGCCCGCUCAUCCUCUUCGAGCAGUUCGGCUUCGACCGCGGCGGCUGCGCCCUCGUCUCAAUCAGCGGCGUCUCGUGGCGGCCCCCGCCGCAGCUGCAGCUCGCCGACGUCGACCCCAUGUCGAUGGGAUUCUUCCUCGUCCCCGACUCCCUCCUCCCCUUCCUCUCCAACGAGUCCGAACACAGCAGCGACGGCGCUCACGGCCGCCGCUUCUGCCCUCUCGCCAGCCGGUUCGUUGUCCCCGUCCUCCUCCUCCAGGAUCUUGAGCUCAAUUCGAGCUGCAGCAGGGCGGUUGAGAUUGCCCACCCCGACGAGUACAGCCUCCUCUUCGGCAGUUGUCAGCCCGGCGUUGAGGUCACGAUGGACGUCCGCACGGAGAUGUACAACGUGGGGCCCAGCGGCGGCGAGAAAGACUACCUCCCCGCGGGGAAGACGCGGCUCCCGAAGCUGUACUCGGCCUUCUCCGUGGUGUACUUUGCGUUCUUCGUUGCGUGGGCGGCCGUGUGCGCGAGGCAGCGGGCGGCGGUGGAGAAGAUACAUCUGGUGAUGGCGGCGCUGCUGCUGUUCAAGGCGCUGAAGAUGGCGUGCGCGGCGGAGGACACGUGGUACGUGCGGCGGACAGGGACGCCGCACGGCUGGGACGUCGCGUUCUACGUCUUCGGGUUCUUCAAGGGGGUGCUCCUCUUCACCGUCAUCGUCCUCAUCGGCACCGGCUGGUCCUUCAUCAAACCCUACCUCCAGGAGCGAGAAAAGAACGUGCUGAUGAUCGUGAUCCCGAUGCAAGUGAUCGAGAACAUCGCGUCGGCGGUGAUCGGCGAGACCGGCCCGGCGGAGAGGGACUGGCUGGCCUGGAACCAGAUCUUCCUGCUCGUCGACAUCGUCUGCUGCGCGGCCGUCUUCUUCCCCAUCAUCUGGUCCAUCCGGAACCUCCGGGAGGCCUCCAAGACCGACGGCAAGGCCGCGCGCAACCUCGAGAAGCUCACCCUCUUCAAGCAGUUCUACGUCGUCGUCGUCGGGUAUCUCUACUUCACGAGAAUUGUGGCUGCAGCCCUGAGUGCAGUGCUUAGCUACAGAUUCCAAUGGGUGGUGGCGGCGGCGGUCGAGGGCGUGAGCCUCGCCUUCUACGUGUUUACAUUUUACAAUUUUCAGCCGGUGGAGAAGAACCCUUACCUCUACAUCGGCGACGAGGAGGAGGCGGCGGCGGCGGGGAUGCUGGAAAUGGAAGAAAGAUUUGAACUCUGAGUUUCUUUAUUUAUUUUUUUUU